AUGCAGGUGCAGGACGCCGUGAUGGCCAGCAAGCGCAAGGGCGCGCCGCACGUCGUCGCGCCCAUCCGGCGCUACGCAACCAGCAAGCUCGCCUACCAGUACUUUGACACCUUACUAAGGGAGACGCAGCUGCAGGUGCAGCAGCUGCAGCAGGCGCUGGCCGCCGCCACCGCAAACGCCGCCGCGGCUGCCGCGCAGCCGGGCGGGGCGGGCGGAGGCGGGAGCAGCGGCGGCGGCAGCGGCGUGGCGGCAGCGCAGGCGGCGCUGGACAAGGCGCAGGCGGCGAGCGAGGCCGUAAUCAAGGCGCCGGACUUCAUCAAUACGAGUGACGUCAUCAGCGCGGUGCUGACCCAGGUGGUGGCUGAGAGCUCCUACGACCUCCUGAUGAGGGAGCUGCUUUACAGCACAAAGGGCCAGGAGCUGUACCUGCGGAACCCGGCCUCCUUCAACAUCGUGCCCGGCCAGGCCAUGUCUUUCGCUGAGCUGGCGGAGUCGGUGCGCCUCACCCGCCAGACCGCCGUCGGCUACAUCAGGGCCGGCCGCCUGGCGGUCCUCGCGCCGCACGCGUCCCACCAGGUCGUGUUCGGCCCCGACGACAGGGUGGUCGUGAUCGCCGAGGAGUACUGA